AUGGCGCUCAUGGUGAUUGUUGGCCUGGUAGUCGGUCUAGUCAUCGGCUUGGCAUCUGGUACUUCUGCUUCAUCAUUCCCGCGAUCGGGCAUUGUUGAUCUCGGAUACUCGCAGUAUCAGGGGUUAUCCCUGCAUAAUGGGAUCGACGAAUUUCUCGGCAUGAGAUAUGCGAGGUCUCCGGUAGAUAAAUUUCGAUUUCGAGCACCACAAGAUCCAGUCGAAACAAAUGCAGUUCAAGAUGCGACAUCGUUCGGACCUGUCUGCGUAGGUGUCGGGCAAUCGAAUAGUGCUACCCUCGCGGAAGAUUGUCUCUUUGUCAAUGUUUGGCGACCGAAUAACGCGUCUACUGGAGAUAAUCUUCCAGUUUGGUUAUUCAUUCAAGGGGGUGGAUACGCCGACCUUUCCAAUGCAAACUUCAAUGGUAGUGGAGUUGUGAAUCAAUCCGGAAACGACAUUGUUCUCGUCAACUUUAACUAUCGCGUGGGUGCAUUGGGAUUCCUUGCUAGUGAAGAUGUGCGCAAGAAUGGAGAUUUGAACGUGGGAUUGCUCGAUCAGCGGAAAUUGCUGGAUUGGGUGCAGCAGAACAUUCAUCUUUUUGGUGGAAAUCCUGAUCAUGUCGUGAUUCAUGGCGAUUCGGCGGGCGCAGGCUCCGUCGCACAUCACGUUACGGCUUAUAAUGGAACGAACAUGAAUCUCUUUGCUGGUGCGAUAGCUGAGUCGAACUUUUGGCCGACUCAACGCACAGUCGCGGAGAUGGAGUUUCAGUAUAAGCGAUUUGCGCAAGAUGUUGGCUGUGGCGAUGUCUCAGACACAUUGGAUUGUCUUCGUGCCGUGAAUAUUUCGACAAUCAUGGAAUAUGAUGUGGAUAAGCCGUUCCCUGGUGGCAGCAGCAGCCCUGCGCCCCUGUGGUAUUUCCUUCCUGUGAUCGACGGAGACCUUGUGACGGAUAAUCUUUAUAAUCUGUUCGAAAAAGGCAAGGUUAUUCACGUCCCAGUCAUGGUCACAGACGAUACCAAUGAAGGUACUGCUUUCGCAGUCAACGCGACGAAUCAAGCGGAAGUCGCACAGUUUAUGAAGAACAACUACCCAAAACUUAGCAAAGACCAGCUCAAGUCCAUCAACAAUGAGUACCCACUCAUGACUCCUUUGGCUAAACAUGCUGCAUACUUCCCUUCCGCGGCUGCAGCAUAUGGUGAAUCGACCUUCGUCUGUCCUGGGAAUCUUAUGUCUGCCUCCAUGGCCCAGUUCGUCUCCUCGGAGAAAGUCUGGAAUUAUCGUUGCAACAUCCUUGAUCCCACAGAAAUCGCCGAUGGAAUGGGUGUACCUCAUGUAUUCGAGCUUCCUGCUGUCUUCGGCCUUGGUGACACCAAUUCAGCGUCGGAGUCCUUUGCUACUACCAAUGCGGAGAUGGUGCCAUUUAUCCAAGAUUACUAUUUGAGCUUUGUUAAGGCUUUGGAUCCAAAUACUUUCCGAAAUUCAAAGGCACCUUUUUGGAAGACAUGGGGCACAGGGGAUGGAGAGCGUCUGAGACUGCAGACAAACUCAACAGCCAUGGAAGACGUCCCUAAGGCCCAGGUGAAGCGAUGUGAAAUGUGGAAGAAGUUUGCUACCACGAUGGAGCAAUGA